UAUUAUUAAAAUUAAUUAAAAUAAUACUCCCGCAAACCAAAGCCAACUUUUCUCUGUCACACCUCCAUUUUGCACAACUCUGUACUUUCUUAUUUUCUCUCUCUAGAAUAGAACCUCCUAGAUUUGGGGCUCAGAAGAACCAGACUCUUAGGGCUACUAAUUUGCUGAGCUGAAGUUUGGCAGAUUUCGUUUUCCGGAGUAUUGUUGUCGAUUUCCUGGCUUGAUUUCGAUUUUUUUUUUCCGGUGAAGGAAGAAUUGGUUCGCAAUCAUGAAGACAACUUCAUCCAGUUCAAGUGCAGGCUGACUACUUCAAGGAAUGUCUGACUUAUGCUCUUACGAGGGUAAUAGAUCCAGGAGUCUCUUUUUGCUCCUCGUAAAAUGCAUGGGUCAAUGUUCGAAGACAUAGUUUGGGAUGACUUUUGCCAGAGUGACGAUCAUAUAGUGCCCCAUCCUGGUUCCGGAAGGGCUGAUCAUUCUGCUCUGGGUGAUAGCCAUAAGAAACCUCGCCAUGAAGCUGUUAGUAUUUCAAAUGGUACUGGAGAUCAAUCUUCUGCUGCAUAUGGUGACCAGGGAAGUGAACAAGGGGGGUUCUCAUCUCUGAGUAAAAGAAGGAGCACGAUGCUGGAAAAUGAUUCUUAUUCCCCUGCACCAAGUGCUGUGCUUCCUUCUCCAUCCGAUAGUGAUGCGAAUAAAGACACAUCAAGUUUAGCUUCUGAGAAUACCACAUCAUCAAGUCCUGCGUUCAAAAGUAAUAAUGCAGACUCCAAUCACAGUGAAUUUUGUGUAAAUGAUGCUAUUCUUGGUGAACAGACCUCUGCGGUUGAUAACAACUCUUUUACCGAUACUCUUGGUGACAUAACUCUCACAGGCAGUAAUCUUGAUUUCUUUGAGAAUAGAGAGGGCAAAGAUUCUAGUGACAUGUUGUAUUAUGGUUGGCCUGAAAUAGGAAACUUCGAAGAUGUUGAUACGAUGUUUAGGAGUUGUGAUUCAGCAUUUGGACUUGCAGCAAUGAAAGAUGACGAGUUUGGUUGGUUUCCUUCAGCAGAUAACAUAGGAGAAUCUGGAGAUAUUGUGAAGCCAGAUUUUAAGUUUCCAUAUGGUGAGUCAAAUCCAGUGAAAAAUAUUUCGCAAAAUCACAACUCUUCAAGUUGCAGUUCUGCCAAUGAUUCUACUAUGACAUAUGUACCCACCAGGUUCAAUCACUCUUCUUGGACCUCAGAGAAAUCUGAUUCUUGUAUGUCUUUUGUGAAUGGACCCGCCAUGGCUAAUAGCGAAGAUGGGUUUAUCCCUAGACAACAGAUGAUGGAUCAUAAAAAGCAGGUUAAGCUGCAGAACCAGUCCACUGGAAAAAGAAAAGAGCAUUACUUUGGAGAUAACAGUAACUAUAUGAGUAACUUGUCCAAUGAAGUUGUGCAGCUUCCUCUCUCGUUUAUGCAUUCAGAUAGUAGUCCUUGGUCUGAUCUUACUUCAGUAAAUCCGACGACAUCCGUAGUAAAAUCCGAGACUUAUGACUUGACAUCCCCUUCACCAAGAGAUUCCUCACAUGCAUCCAAUCAAUCUCAAUCGAGUUUCGAUGACCCUAAAUUUCCACUGGCUGCUCCAGAACAAAGUGGGAGAAGAGAAAAAUUGCAUACUCAUCAAGGUAGUCUAUCUUCUGCAUAUAGCAAUAAAAAGAAGGCAAGUGGGACGGUGCAGGCUGUCACAGGGGAUACUGGCACUGCAGGAAAAACUGGAGGAAAACAAGUUUGCUAUUCUAGAGAUGAUUCGGACAGUCAUAGGGGCACCGUAGGAUUCAGCCCUUUAAUUCCAAUAGAAUUAGGUCCGUCAGAUAUACAAGAAAGGUCUAUGAGUUUAGGCAUGGAUGAUACUUCACUCGAAGCAGCUAGUUUUCGCCAGCUUCAGCUUGUUAUGGAACAGUUGGAUUUGAGAACAAAGAUGUGCAUAAGGGACAGUUUGUACCGUCUUGCUCGGAGUGCGGAGCAAAGAAGUAACCACCUAAACUUGAACGGCAGUUGCGGGGAUGAAAGAGAGGCCAGUAAAGCAUUCAUGGGUGAAGGACCACACAACAGUUUCAUGGAUAUAGAGACGGAUACAAAUCCUAUAGACCGUUCAAUCGCACACUUAUUGUUUCACCGGCCUUCAGAAUCAUCUGCCAUACCUGUGCACGACUCAUCAUUACCUGUUCAUGGACCCACCGAAAGUCCACCUGUUAUGGUUGAGGAUUUGGUUAUUUGUGACGAAACUGCAACUAUGAUGGAGAAGGUCUCCGACGACACUGACUGCAAAUGUUAGAGAGAGAGAGUGAGAGGAGUGAGAGAGUUAGAAGUGUUGUGUGCUCAUUUGUAUAGAAAUGGCCACGGGCAUGCAUGUCAAGUUAUCUGAUAUUAUGGUUUUUUUGUUUUUCAAUCUUUUUUUUUUCGGGUUUUUGUUUGUCGAAACGAUAAGCUGUAUAUUUUUUUUCGCAUAAUUUUUCUUUUUCUCUCUACUCGUGUUGCUAUACAUGUAAUUCUGAAAAGCAUGUUGCGUUUGCCGGUUACACCUGUAAUGGUAGUUUUUCGUAUUAUCUAUUUGGGUUAUAAUCA